AUGCCGGAGAUUGGAGAAGAAGGGAGAGGUAGAGGGGGGGUGAUGUUUUCUCUGAGACCGAGGUUCUUCGUCGAGGAAGGCUAUGACGAGGCCCGCCACUUCUUGGACUCGUGCUUCCUCUGCAAGAGACCCCUCUCCCGGAACCGCGACAUCUUCAUGUACAGAGGAGACACACCAUUCUGCAGCGUGGAGUGCCGGCAAGAGCAGAUCGAGAUGGACGAGGCCAGGGAACAGAAGUUGAAGCUUUCUUUAAAGAAUUCUUCGACAAAGGAGCAGCCGAACGCAUCAAAAACCAGCGCGAUCAACAGCCCACCGAAGUCCCAGAAGAUCCAUGUCAAAGCCGGUACCGUUGUUGCCGGCUAA